UUUGUUAGGUUAUGUAUGUAGUGCAGUUUUUUAAGUGGAAAACUUACUUCAAAUUUAUUAACUAUUAGGGCCAGCAGAGCUUCUGCUAUCGCAUGACAGUCAUUUCCUACGCGCUCUACUAAUGAUUCCCAGUCAACUGAUGCAAGGGCUUUCGAAAAGUUUGCUUUAUUCGCUACUGUGAACAAGCGUCUUAUAGAGAACUUAGGUGGUGGCGUGGUGUUACGUGAGAUGGUCAAGCACCUGAGCGUCGUGGUCGCUCAGACACUAGCCACACAUUCCUCGGGGAGAUUGGAGUACACGUGGUCCAGUAGAGAACCAGUGUUUCCCUCUAGUCUAGUAGGAAAGUCGACUAGUUGGCUGAAAUUGUGCCUAGAUAAUAUAUAAUAAAUUAAUAUUAAUGUCGCCCAUUAUUAUUGCACCAAGGCCUUCGACACAUAUUUUUGAUAAAAGUUUCUCAAACAACCGGACACGAUGGUCGAUGCGCUGCGGGGGCGGCCGGUUGCCGCGGGACUGCUGCUACCGCCGGGGCCGCGAGUGCCGUAGUUGCCGCCUGUGCUCAUGGGAUUGCGUGGCGGCGCCUGGGUGGACGCACCUUGCGCGCACUGAUUUCGGUACCGGGAGGCCAGUUUACGGCUGUCAUGAAAAAGUCGAAUUGACUGCACGGCACCAAAGCCCAAGAAACCCUGGCAAGGAGUGCGCCAGGCAAAACAGCAUGGGUCGAUAUGCUACCAACAUGACAACCAUCCUCCCUUCGCUCCGAAAGGCAACGAAGAUUGUCUCUACUUGAACGUCUACACUCCAACCUGCACGCCAAUUAAACUACCAGUCAUGGUGUAUAUCCAUGGGGGAGCUUUCAGAAUAGGCGAUGGUAAUUCCGACCGAUACGGACCCGUCUUUUUGUUGAAACAUAAUGUUAUUUUAGUAACCAUCAAUUAUCGCCUUGAAAUCCUUGGAUUCCUUUGUCUAGAUUCGAAAGAUAUUCCAGGUAAUGCAGGUAUGAAAGACCAAGUUGCUGCUUUAAGAUGGGUGCAAAAGAACAUAAGAAACUUCGGCGGAGACCCAGAUAAUGUAACUAUAUUUGGGGAGAGUGCGGGAGGCGCAUCUGUUUCAUUUCAUUUAGUUUCACCGAUGAGCAAAGGACUUUUUAAAAGAGCUAUAAUGCAGAGUGGGUCUAUCACCUGCUGGUGGUCAACAGUAUAUAAAGCACGCGAAAGAGCAUUGCUUCUGGCGAGAGAGUUAGGUUGUACUGCGAAUAACGAUGAAGAAAUUUGUGACUUUCUUAAACAUGUACCAGUUGAAAAAUUGAGCAACAAAAAUUUAAGUCUAUCUUUUGCCGAAUCUACAAAACUAGGAACAUACUUAUUUUUCGCUAUUGUAUCUGAAAAAUAUUUUGAUGGCGAAGAAAGAUUUUUUGAAGGUGACGUUUAUGAUGCACUCCGUAAUGGAAUUCAUGAUGGCGUCGACGUAAUUAACGGAUAUAACGAACACGAAGGUAUUAUUUGCUUGCUAGGACAAUGGAAUUUGAUAUUAGAACAAGCGAAUCGAUAUCUGGAGCAUUUUGUGCCGCAGCCGUUACCAAUGGUGUGUUCAAUGAUAAACCAAUUAGAUGUAGGAGAAAAAUUUAAAAAUCAUUUCUUGAAAGGUGAACCACUUACGAAACAAACUGCAGAACAAUUUUUGAAGUACUUGAGCAUGGAGGCUUUUGUCUACGGAAUAUUAUCUUGGCAGAAAAUAUGUGCAAAAAGAAAUAAAAAUAAAAUAUAUUUGUACAAAUUCAGGUGCACAUCUGAGAGAAAUAUUUUCACGAAAAAAUUAGGUGCAGACAAGCUGUUCGAUCAACGUGUCAUGGUGUCCCAUGCUGAUGACUUAGCAUACUUAUUUCCAGCAGUAGAUGUCCCGAAAGUAGAUCCUGCCUUGGAUUCAUAUCGCAUGAUCCAACAAUUAACAAAAUUAUGGACCAAUUUCGCUAAAUUUGGAGACCCGACACCUGAGGAUGAUCUCGGGGUGAAAUGGAGACCAUAUACGAUGAAAGAUGAAGAAUACUUAGAUAUUGGUUCUACACUUACACCUAAAUAUUCACCCGAAAAAGAAGAUAUGGAAUUUUUUGAAAAUAUAUUUCGUGAAUAUUAUCCACACGUCGUUCCAUGAUACGCUUAUAUUAUAAUAUUUUUACAUAUUAUACUGUUUAUAUUUUUUUAGUUUGUAUUUUUCUGUUUCUGUUUGUUUCCUUAUUUCGUUAUUAAUAUAAUAUAAUAAAACAAAAAUAUAUCUUGCCUUGGUUUAAAGCGCUUCUAUACUUACUUUUCAUCGGUCGCAAAAUCAUUACCUACCCACCUUCUGUAAACAUUUUUUUAAGGUUUCCCGAUUACUCAUUACAUUUAAAUAACUAUCUACGAGAUAUCCGUGAAGUCGACGACCAUCACUUAUUUUUUGCACAAUAACUAACAAGUUCAUGGAAGUGUUCACUUCCAUUUGUGUUCACAAAUAAACGCUUGUUCCUUUAAA